GCAAACCAAGUUCUUUCACUCCCUCAUAUAUAUAACGAGGCGCGGAUGGCGUUGGAAUUGUUUGAAGGCACAAUUCUGUGACACAUCCAUUACCUCUCAAGGCCCGCCAAUUGGAGCCCCUGACAAUUUCCAACCCGCGACCCCCUCACCAGCAGCAACUGUUGAUCUGAUUGUCGUUCGAGAGACGGAAACCAACAGCAUGGAUGUCGAGGAAGUUGAUCUUUCCCGUGGUUGGCCCAACCCCGCCCUGCUGCCCACAGCCGCCUUGGCUGAGGCCUCGGCCACGGUCAUGGCCACCCCGGCCAUCUGGACGCCUGCCUUGAUGUAUGGGCCGGAUGAAGGAUAUCAGCCAUUACGGGAACACAUCGCUCGUUGGCUAACGACGUUCUACCAGCCACGCGACCCCGUCACUCCGGAGCGCAUCUGCAUCACGGGUGGCGCCAGUCAAAAUCUGGCAUGUAUCUUGCAGGUCUUUACUGAUCCUAUCUACACCCGCAAUGUCUGGAUGGUCGCCCCCACGUAUCACCUGGCCUGUCGCAUCUUUGACGAUUCCGGUUUCGCUGGUCGUCUGAGAGCCAUCCCUCAGCACGAUGCGGGGUUGGACCUGGCCUAUCUCCGACAGGAGUUGAUUGCGGCCGAGGAGAGGGCGGGGAAGGAACACAACAGUGCACCGAAAUGCAAACCGUCUAGGCCAUGGGGGAAAAUCUACAAGCAUGUCAUCUACGCAACCCCCACCUUCUCCAACCCGUCUACUCUCACCAUGUCAUUGCGGGAUAGGGAACAGCUGGUUCGGAUCGCGCGAGAAUUCGAUGCCUUGAUCAUCACGGAUGAUGUCUAUGACUUCCUUCAAUGGUCACCGGACCCAGCUAAGACUCUUCCGCAGCCCGCCCAAGCGUCCCUACCUCGUCUUGUGGAUGUGGACCGGUCUCUGGACGGGGGACCUCAGGAUGAAUGGGGUAAUGUGGUGAGCAACGGAAGCUUUAGCAAGCUGAUUGGGCCCGGCAUCCGGACUGGCUGGGCGGAAGCUACCGAAAAGGUAGCAUAUGGCCUGUCGCAGACAGGCUCAAGUCGAUCCGGAGGUGCUCCAUCACAGCUGUCCGCUGCGGUGGUUGCGCAGCUGUUCCCCACGGGGAUCAUACAAGGCUUCAUUGGUGAAUCUCUGCAGCCGGCGUACGCGCGACGAUACUAUCGGAUGAUGUCUGCCAUCCGUGAACAUCUUGUUCCCUUGGGCGUAGGGCUCCCUCCGGCUCCUGAAGUCGCGGGCGGCUACUUCAUCUGGCUUCGACUCCCCUUACCCUUGCGAGCGAGUGAUCUUGCGUCCAUCGCCCAACGGGAUCAGAAACUGAUUGUGGCGCCCGGUAAUGUGUUCAGGGUGCAGAGAGAUCCGGCGACCGGUAAGAACGAGUUUGAUGAUGGCAUGCGCCUAUGCUUUGCGUGGGAAGAGGAGAACAAGCUAGAGGAGGGAGUGCGUCGACUUGCCUCGGUCAUCCGGGGAGCGCUGCAAUAAACGCCAUGGCCGUGUGCAAG